AUGCUCGCCUCCAAAGCCUCUGGCAGCUGGCGUGGGAAGGGGGGGGGGAUAGAAUCAGACGGAGGGGAGGGAGAUACGUUUGAGUCGAAUCCAGCAAGCUGGAGACCAGAGCCACCUCUCCCGGCAGCAUCAGGCGAAUGCUCGCCUCCAAAGCCUCUGGCAGCUGGCGCCCUGCCGUUCGACUCACUCUGCCCUCCCACCCUUCCUCCCCUCCCACCCUUCCUCCCCUCCCACCCUUCCUCCCCUCCCACCCUUCCUCCCCUCCCACCCUUCCUCCCCUCCCACCCUUCCUCCCCUCCCACCCUUCCUCCCCUCCCACCCUUCCUCCCCUCCCACCCUUCCUCCCCUCCCACCCUUCCUCCCCUCCCACCCUUCCUCCCCUCCCACCCUUCCUCCCCUCCCACCCUUCCUCCCCUCCCACCCUUCCUCCCCUCCCACCCUUCCUCCCCUCCCACCCUUCCUCCCCUCCCACCCUUCCUCCCCUCCCACCCUUCCUCCCCUCCCACCCUUCCUCCCCUCCCACCCUUCCUCCCCUCCCACCCUUCCUCCCCUCCCACCCUUCCUCCCCUCCCACCCUUCCUCCCCUCCCACCCUUCCUCCCCUCCCACCCUUCCUCCCCUCCCACCCUUCCUCCCCUCCCACCCUUCCUCCCCUCCCACCCUUCCUCCCCUCCCACCCUUCCUCCCCUCCCACCCUUCCUCCCCUCCCACCCUUCCUCCCCUCCCACCCUUCCUCCCCUCCCACCCUUCCUCCCCUCCCACCCUUCCUCCCCUCCCACCCUUCCUCCCCUCCCACCCUUCCUCCCCUCCCACCCUUCCUCCCCUCCCACCCUUCCUCCCCUCCCACCCUUCCUCCCCUCCCACCCUUCCUCCCCUCCCACCCUUCCUCCCCUCCCACCCUUCCUCCCCUCCCACCCUUCCUCCCCUCCCACCCUUCCUCCCCUCCCACCCUUCCUCCCCUCCCACCCUUCCUCCCCUCCCACCCUUCCUCCCCUCCCACCCUUCCUCCCCUCCCACCCUUCCUCCCCUCCCACCCUUCCUCCCCUCCCACCCUUCCUCCCCUCCCACCCUUCCUCCCCUCCCACCCUUCCUCCCCUCCCACCCUUCCUCCCUCCCACCCUUCCUCCCCCCUCCUCCCCUCCCACCCUUCCUCCCCCCACCCUUCCUCCCCUCCCACCCUUCCUCCCCUCCCACCCUCCUCCCCUCCCACUCACCCGCCCCUCCCCUGUGCCGAUCUGCACUGGUUGCCCCUCGCCCUCCUCGCCUUUCCGUGUGUCCAUGA